GAGCCGGUGGAGCCCGGGUCCGACGGGUUUGUGCAGGAGAUGGGGCUGCCCAGAGCAGCCUGAGGGAGGGACGAGAGGCCGGGGAAGGGGAAGGGAAAAACCCGGCGAGGGUCCGCGUUUGGGCGCUGGCGGGGAGAACCAGUGGCCUGGGCAGGGUUACGUCUGGAGAGCUUAGCCUGGAAGUCCGUUUGCCGCGGUGCACCGAGAUGGAGACACGGACAUGGAGGGCCUAGGCAUGAAGCGCAGUUCCAUGUCCACUGGAGGUGCUGGCCGCCUGUCCAUACAGGAGCUGCGAUCCCUGGACCUCAACAAACAGAGCCUGCACACGCCUCAAACCAAGGAAAGACCAAACUUUGGAAAGCUGAGUGUAAACAAACCCACAUCUGAAAGAAAAGUUUCUGUGUUUGGUAAAAGAACUAGUGGACAUGGAUCCCGGAAUAGUCAGUUUGGUAUAUUUUCCAGUUCUGAAAAAAUCAAAGACCCAAGACCACUUAAUGACAAAGCCUUCAUUCAGGGUUGUAUUCGACAACUCUGUGAGUUUCUUACAGAAAAUGGCUAUGCAUACAGUGUAUCCGUGAAAUCACUACAAGCUCCAUCCGUUAAAGACUUCCUGAAGAUCUUUGCUUUUCUUUAUGGCUUCCUGUGCCCUUCCUAUGAACUCCCUGACACGAAAUUUGAAGAAGAAGUUCCAAGAAUCUUUAAAGAGCUUGGGUACCCUUUUGCACUAUCCAAAAGCUCCAUGUACACAGUGGGGGCCCCUCACACGUGGCCUCACAUUGUGGCAGCCUUGGUUUGGCUAAUAGACUGCAUCAAGAUUUAUACGGCCAUGAAAGAAAAUUCACCUUUGUUUGAUGAUGGACAUCCGCGGGGAGAAGAAACGGAAGAUGGAAUUGUGCAUAAUAAGCUGUUCUUGGACUACACCAUCAAGUGCUAUGAGAGCUUCAUGACUGGUGCCGACAGCUUUGAGGAGAUGAACGCAGAGCUGCAGUCCAAGCUGAAGGAUUUGUAUAAUGUAGAUGCUUUCAAGCUGGAAUCAUUAGCAGCAAAAAACAAAGCUCUGAACGAACAGAUUGCAAGACUGGAACAAGAAAGAGAAAAAGAACCAAAUCGUCUGGAGUCAUUAAGAAAACUGAAAACCUCCUUACAAGCGGAUGUUCAGAAAUAUCAGGCAUACAUGAACAAUUUGGAAUCUCAUUCAGCAAUUCUUGACCAGAAAUUGAAUGGUCUUGAUGAAGAAGUUUCUAGAGUAGAAUCAGAGUGUGAAAUGAUGAAGCAGGAGAACGCUCGACUGCAGAAUAUUGUUGAUAACCAGAAGUACUCAGUUGCAGACAUUGAGAGAAUAAAUCAUGAAAAAAAUGAGUUGCAGCAGACCAUUAAUAAACUUACAAAGGACCUGGAAGCUGAACAGCAGCAGCUGUGGAAUGAAGAGCUGAAGUAUGCCAGAGGCAAAGAAACUAUUGAAACACAACUAGCAGAGUACCACAAAUUGGCUAGAAAGUUGAAACUUAUCCCUAAAGGUGCUGAGAAUUCCAAAGGUUAUGACUUUGAAAUUAAGUUUAAUCCUGAAGCUGGUGCCAACUGUCUCGUCAAAUAUAGAGCUCAAGUUUAUGUACCACUAAAGGAACUUCUGAAUGAAAAUGAAGAAGAAAUUAAUAAAGCUCUAAAUAAAAAAAUGGGCUUGGAGGAUACUUUAGAACAAUUGAACACAAUGAUAACAGAAAACAAGAGAGGUGUGAGAACGCUGAAAGAGGAAGUGCAAAAGCUGGACGAGCUUUACCAACAGAAAGUCAAGGAAGCUGAGAAAGAGGAUGAAAAAUGUGCCAGUGAGGUCGAGUCCUUGGAAAAGCACAAGAACCUUCUGGAGAGUGCCGUCAAUGAUGGCCUCAGUGAGGCGAUGAAUGAAUUAGAUGCUGUCCAACGGGAGUAUCAACUAGUUGUGCAGACUACCACUGAAGAAAGACGGAAAGUGGGGAAUAACUUGCAGCGUCUUUUAGAAAUGGUUGCUACACAUGUGGGAUCUGUGGAGAAACAUCUUGAGGAGCAGAUUGCUAAAGCUGAUAGGGAGUAUGAAGAAUGCGUGUCUGAAGAGCUCUGGGACCACAUCAGAGAGAUGGCUGAGAAGUAUAAGAAGAACGCGGCUGUGCUAACAGCUCCUGACGAGUGCAGAUGAAAGUGUGGAUUUCCUCCUGUCUUUGAUAAGUCUGGCUCAUUAUCUGAGAAUGUAUAUAGCCUGGGAGUAUACUGGUUGCUUUAUUAUGUUUAGCUAUGAAAGACCAGUUACACAGGUACCUAUAACUAAUAAAAUUGUAUCAGUGUUUUUU